AUAGAAGAGAAGAAGAAUUCAAAAUUAAAUGGUCAAAGUUCAUUCAUAUCUUUGUAGGUUAGUGAUCAACAACAUGGAAAAUAAAUUAAAAUGCAAAAUAGGGCCUUCAAUUUUAAACGCAGAUCUAUCCCAAUUAUACGUAGAAUCACAAAAAUUAUUAGAUAGCGGAGCUGACUAUUUACAUUUAGAUGUUAUGGACGGCAACUUUGUUCCUAACCUAACUUUUGGACACCCAGUAGUAAAAUGUUUAAGGAAAAAAAUACCAAAUGCCUUCUUUGAAACACAUAUGAUGGUUGCGAACCCAGAAAAGUGGAUUGAACCCAUGGCAGAAGCCAAUGUUAACUUAUACACAUUUCACAUAGAACCUGUAAUAAAUGACGUUAUAAAAGUGUGUAGGAAAGUAAAAGAAGCAGGUAUGAAAGUCGGUUUAGCAUUAAAACCAGGCACAGGAAUUGAAGAUGUUAGGCAAUACAUAGACCAUGCAGAUAUCAUUUUGGUAAUGACUGUGGAGCCUGGCUUUGGAGGCCAAAGGUUCAUGAGUGAUAUGAUGCCCAAGGUGCAAUGGUUGAGGCAUAAUUAUCCACUUUUAGAUAUUGAAGUAGAUGGAGGAGUUGGACUGAGUACAAUAACUGCUUGUGCAGAGGCGGGUGCAAAUAUGAUAGUAUCAGGUACAGCAAUAAUUGAGUCAAUCGACCAAGCGGCAGUGAUCGCUAGUUUACGUGAAACAGUGGAAAGCUCAAUCCACAAAUGCAACGUUUAAGUCUGUGAAAAAAAAAUGUGAUUCAUGUUAAGUUUAAUCUUUAAACUGUAUUGUUGAACAAGCAUUCCCUUUACAAAAAAAUUGAACAGUUUCAGAAAGAUGGUCUAAAACUAUAAAAAUUACUUUGAUAUUCCAAAUUUUUAUUGUUUAUAUAAUCUGAUGAAGUGGUUAUAUGUACUACACAAAAAUUUAUCUUACAUGACAUGACAGAAAAAAAUCUGUAUGACCUGGAAAUCCAUAAUCAAGUAUAACAACUUGAAAGCAAUGGCUUUAAUAUAGCGAAAAUAAAAUUAUUGUAUGUAAUAAUAAGAAAAUAAAUUGAUACUGAUAACCUUCUUAUCAAUAUAGCAAUAAUUACAUGCAUAAUUAUAUCUGAAUUUAUUAAUGACAUUUCUGAUCACAUGGGUGUAAUAGCUUCACAUUCUUAUUUUACUACUCCCUCAAGACGGUCAACAAUUUAAAAUGGCAUCUUCAAUUAAGCCCUUUGUAUUAAAUAACCCCACAAAAGAAGUAUGAAGGGUCGUCAGAGAAAUUCCAUAUCUCUGAUCCUUGGUUAUAAUCACUAACAUACAGUGGAACCCCGAUAAGUCGGCCCCCGAUAACCCGUACCGAUUUUCAUCAGACAAAAAUUUCAACAAUAAAAAUGUAUGUAAUAUAAUAUCUGAGUGACAAUGUGUAUUUGUGUAAUUUGAACUGUACGAUAGUAAAAAUGACUCAUGGCACACGGCGGCAGAGCGACGUUCAUUGUCUCGGAUUAUCGGAAACAACAGGCACCUCUAUUGCUUUAUUUAUCUCAAACUGUCUUAGCAUUGUUUAAAAAGGCCUAAAAGACUAUUUAAAAAAUCCUUUUUGAACAAUGGUCUUAGUCUCCACUGUUCUUAAAUAACAUAACAUCGUUCCAAUUGUGACCGUAUUGUGUGUAGUACAGUCGUAUUGUUCGCUUCCGUUCUGUAAUCAUGCUUCAAUGUUUGCGUGUUGUUUUGUCUACGUAAUGGCAACAAAAGGUAAAAAUGUUGUAGUAACAAUGGAAAAGAGACUAGAAGCAUUAGGUAGGAUUGAUAAAGACGAAUCUUUAAAAACAAUUGCAGCAUCAUAUGGUGUCGGUACAUCUACAGUACCGGAUUGGAAGAAAAAUAGAACUAAAAUCGAAGAAUUUUGUUUCAAAAUGAUAACAAAAGACAGUUUGGACAAUCGGUGCAAAGCUGAGAAAGCUAAAAAUGAGACUCUCGGCGACGCUUUGUAUGUGUGGUUUUGUGCGGAAUGGGAACGUGGUUUACCAGUGUCUGGACCAAUUAUUCACGAAACAGCACUCAAUUUCAACCUGAUUUUGAACCAAAUUUCACUGGAGUCAAGGUGAUGGAAAAAACGUCAUUGAAUACGCCAACUAUCUAUCGCUGCUAAGUAUACCUUAUACCUAUUUUAUUAAUUUUUACCAUAUUCUCCGGCUAACCCGGAUUUUCGAUAAUCCGGAUCGGCCGCGGUCCCGAUUAAUCCGACUUAUCGAGGUUCCACUGUAUUAUUGUUGUCAAUUAAAAAACUUCUUAUUACUGUUUAGUAUGUGUAUUAGUUAUUUCAGACCUACAAAAAAGAAGUAUUACACAAAUUUUCUGCUGAGCAACCAUUUGGACAUUGAACACUUUAAAUAUUGACAGCUUGGACUAAGCAGAUGGCCAGUUGUAGUCUUCAAAUAAGUAUAUUGAAGAAUUGCUAUAAGUAUUGUAGAUUUCCAUUACUGUAUUACAGUAUUUGAACAGGAAUCUACUCUACUUUCCCACCACUUUGUUUGGAAUUGGUAAUAGCAGUCCACCAUCAGUAAUACUUGCAUGUCAAUUCAUUUUAAUAAUCAUGAAUAUGUACAAGGACAAAGUAUGGACAAUGGACUUUGUUAAGUAUUGUUUUAAGAAUGAAAUAUAAUAUGUAGCUGCUUACACAUACUUCAGUUCAUCCAUUAACUCUAUGAAUGACGAACUGUGCUAAAGAUUCACCUAGAGGACCCUGUCUGAUUUCUCAGCAUGAUGGUGUUAUACUUAAUAAUUGGGGAGAGUAGAAGUCACCAAUAUCGUUUCCAAAUUCUAACAGUUUAGACCAACUUUUUCGAACGCAGAAACACUUGUUGAUACUUGCAUUUCCAGUUUUUGUCGUUGAUUACUGACAUGCUUUUACAUUUUUUUAAUUGUGGGUAAUUAUAUACAAAUUUUGUUACUUGUUGACUAGAAAAAUAUUUUUUAUAUUAAUAAUUUGUUGGUUUUCUUGUUGGUAGGAACGGGGUUACUUAAGUUCUUUUGCAGACUAAAAAUAUAUAAUAAAGGGAUAUAUACAAGAA